GCUUAUUUAGACUGGCUCAAAACGAAGAAAACGGGGGCGCUGAGUCUCCCGACGGUACCCAAGAAGGCAGAGAAGCGUGUUGGUGGAUACCUUGGUCUGCAAUGGGCUGCUUUGGUUCACCCAGUUCUAAGCAAUCCGAUAUAAAUUCCGAAGAUACAAGGAGUCAGAAGCGACGCAGUGAUGCAAUUUCCAAACAAUUACAAAAGGACAAACAACUCUAUCGGGCCACCCAUAGACUAUUGUUGUUAGGAGCUGGUGAAUCUGGAAAAUCAACAAUUGUCAAGCAAAUGCGCAUAUUGCAUGUGGAUGGUUUUUCAGAGCAGGAGAAAAAACAAAAAAUCGAUGACAUCAAAAAGAAUAUCCGUGAUGCUAUCUUGACUAUUACUGGUGCAAUGAGCACAUUGAAUCCACCUAUACCUUUAGAGAAAAAGGAAAACGAGAUCAGAGUCGAGUACAUACAGGAUUAUGCUUCAAGUCCUGAUUUCAACUAUCCCCCAGAAUUUUAUGAGCACACAGAAGAAUUAUGGAAGGAUAGAGGUGUAUUGGCGACUUAUGAAAGAUCAAAUGAAUAUCAAUUAAUUGAUUGUGCAAAGUACUUCUUGGAUCGAGUAAGCAUAAUAAAACAACCUAACUACACACCUAAUGAACAGGAUAUUUUGCGGUGUCGUGUACUAACUUCUGGUAUUUUUGAAACAAGAUUUCAAGUUGACAAAGUCAAUUUUCACAUGUUUGAUGUGGGAGGCCAAAGGGAUGAACGUCGAAAGUGGAUACAAUGCUUUAAUGACGUUACUGCAAUUAUUUUUGUAACCGCAUGUUCUAGCUAUAAUAUGGUUUUACGUGAGGAUCCAACACAAAAUCGAUUACGGGAAUCCUUGGAACUAUUUAAAAGCAUUUGGAAUAACAGAUGGUUGCGUACAAUAUCGGUUAUUCUAUUUCUCAACAAACAAGAUUUGUUAGCUGAAAAAAUUAAAGCUGGUAAAAGUAAACUCUCGGAUUAUUUUGCCGAGUUCAAUAAAUAUCAAACACCAAGUGAUGCAAUAAUCGAGUCUGGAGAUGAUCCUGAAGUCAUAAGAGCCAAGUAUUUCAUACGUGAUGAGUUUUUGCGUAUAUCUACUGCUAGUGGUGAUGGGAAACAUUAUUGCUAUCCCCAUUUUACAUGUGCUGUAGAUACUGAGAAUAUCAAGCGAGUAUUCAAUGAUUGUCGAGACAUAAUUCAAAGAAUGCACCUUCGUCAGUAUGAAUUGUUAUAGGUUUAUUCUACAAAAAUCACUUAAUAAAGUAAUGUGCAAAUAAUAAUACAACUAACCAAAACAAGAA